CUCAAAGUGGGGCCGUGGUCCCCUGACCUCAGAGGGUCUGACUAACACCUACUGCCCAAUGUGGGGCUUGAAAGAAAGUAAGGCUCGGAUUCAGAAUUCAUGGCCUCCAACUGGUCAUUACUACCAACUAUCAGUAUUACCAUUUCAAAAAAAAAAUCUCAAUUUCCCAGGUAGCAGAUGCAGGUAAUGAUUAACAGUGACCAGAGAUAAACUGUCCGCCUACGUAAAAAGUAAACUGGUUCUGCUGUGUUCUCUUAAUCCCAGCACUCCUGGAAUGUCACGUUGUGCCUAGGUUGAAUGAGGAAAUACUCUGUUAGGAGUAGAAUGUCUAGGAAAUGUCCGUUGUGCCUAGGUUGAACAAGGAAUAAGAUUCAGUCUCGAGAUAAAAGUAAGUAUAUUAAAAGCUGUAGCUGCAGCUCAGGGUGAAGACCCUGGACUCAUCUCCAAUACACAACGGGAAGCAAAUCGGUUCGACCCCGCACUGCUCAGAAAGAAACCCAAAUUCCCAGUUGGAAGGUUUUUCUGAGAGUGCAAGAACCCAUCUGGCAAAAACCUGGACGCACACUGCCUGCUAUAAAGAAAAAAACAGGGGAAAAACAUGCAGCAGCAGAAGCAGAACAGGGUUGUUUAUGAACUGGAUGGAGCUCUGAUGCUGGCUGUCAACGUAGCAAGUUGCCAUUUGCAGAGGGCAAAAUACGGGCCUCAGAAAACCAACCCAGACAUGACCCGGCUUGUCCGCCCCCAGGGUCCUCCAGCCACGGCCAGGAACCCAGACUUCCAUCCACCUUUUCAACCCAAGGAGAGCUGCCCUGACUGUCACCAGGAGGAGACACUUCGGAAGUUGGCCCAGCAGCUGAGGCACAUUGGCGACAGCAUCCAUCGCAGGACAGUUGAGGAGGGCCUUCAACAGGAGGGCAGAGACGCGCUGGCUCACUUUGCCCUGUUCCUCUUCGGGAGAGCCCGGGCGGUGCUGCGCCUGCUCUGGAACCCCCGCCUGCUGUAGGGGAGCGGGACCUGCCGGUCCACGCCUGUCCAUCCCCUUGGCGUUCACACGGCUGCCACCGUGAUCUCUGCGGGUGACCGGAGCUGCAGCCUCCCUGGCCUCGUCUUUCAGCUGCGAUGCCCAGGCAGUGACUGGGCACCUGGGAGACCAGAGGCCUCAGGGCCCCGGGCCAGGAGGACACCCACAGGCCUCCUUCUGGCAAGAACUGGAGCUCCCUCUCAAACCAGAGACCACGCAGGGCCCGUGUCCCAUUUUGAGCUCUGAGCCCACAGCAAAGUCCCUCCCCGCCCUACCCGGCUGGGCCUGGCCCAGGGCAUCUGGCACUGCUCUGCAUCCCCCUGCCCGGCGCUCUGCCCUGCCUUUCGGAGUGUGGACCUGAGCGAGUGACAAACUCGGCAGCCCGGGCGCAGCCUGGAGCGCUUCUCCUGCCUCUGAGGAUGCCCGGUGCUGAUGUGCACACCCGGUUCCUUCUCUUUCACCCCUUUAAACGAGUGGUCUCCUAGCUGCCCGGGCCCCCUUAAAAGAAUUGCAGGUGUUAAGAACAUUUGUUGGUGUAAAUUAAAAGUUCUGUAUUUGUGCAUCUUGAGUUCUUCAGAGGAAAAUGUUAAAAAAAAAAAACUAAUUUAAAAAUGAAAUAAACGUUGUUUUAC